AUGUCUACCAGCGAGUUGGCCACGCUGCUUGCCCAGCCGGCCCUUGCGGCCCCAGAAGGCGUCAUCCCUAACUUUGACAAUCCUCCGAACCACAACAACAUGGCUUGGGGCAUCAUCACUGUUUGCACGAUCAUUGCCACACUGUGCGUUUUUUUUCGCAUCCAUGUGCGUGUGUGGUUGGAUCGUUCUAUUCGUCUCGAGGAUGUCCUGAUGGUUGGUGCCUUCGGUUCUUACUGGGGAACCGCCUAUGCCGGCUACGAGAUGAUCCACAUUCCGGGUUACUUCGUUCAUCAAUGGAAUCUUCACAUGGGCGAUCUUGUCAGACCUCUAUAUCUCAUCCUGGUCUACGGCUGCUGCUAUUCAGCCGUCCUACCCCUGAUCAAGUCUGCCAUUCUGCUUGACUGGUGUCGGAUCUUCGUGCCUGUCGAUGGUGCCAAGACUCCUUUCUGGUGGGUAUGUAUGGCGGUCUGCGCAUUGCAGUGUCUCUGGGGGCUACUGUGCAUCAUCUUGCUGAACGCGCAGUGCCGCCCGCAUCGAGCGAUCUGGGAGUUCUACGUUCCCAGCAAAUGCUAUUCCCUGCCGAAGGUAAUGCUUUGCUCGGCUGCCGUGCAAGUCUUCUCCGACAUCACCAUGUUCCUUCUUCCACAAAGUAUGAUCUGGGGGCUGCAGAUGAGCUGGCAGAAGAAGAUGGGUAUUUCGGUUAUAUUCGGUGCUGGUAUUCUCGCACCUAUUUCCGCCUGCUUUCGCCUCGCCCACACGGUCUCUUUCGCCAAAACAGCCGAUCAGAUGUACAUGAUUGCGCCGCUGCUCUUCUGGGCGUUUGCCGAGAUGGCUUGUGGGUUCUUCAUCUUCAGCAUGCCCUGUCUCUCGAAGCUCCUCAUGGACAGCGGGCUCCGCCGUAAGCUCCGCAUCAGCGACUAUUGUCGCAGCCGCACACAGUCAUCGAUCCAGAACCCGCAGUUUCGGCCCCCGGCCACGGGCCAGCAGGUCGCCAAGGCGUGGCGCACCUCCGAGAGUUCUUACUCGCGGCUCGAGGAAGGCGAGAUAGCCCUGACCAGCCCGGUCAAAGCUCAUCAUAAUAGCAUUCAGGUGCUGCAGCGCACGGACGUCACCAUCACGAGCACGCCGAGUCCGUCGACGGAGACGGCGCUGGCAGAGAGUUUGGGACGGUGGAAGCGCUCGCAGGAGUGA